CGUGGUGUGUGCACGUCGCUCUCCUGCUCGACCCAUCUGGCACGACCUCUACCAGUGGCCACAAUGAAAGUGACGGAGGCCCCGUGGGUGACGCUGAUGGUGCUGAUGUCGACCUGGCAGCCGACCGUCAGAGCCGACAAGCUGCCGACACUUCCUGAUCAAUACUUAGUCCCUGACCACAAGAUAAGUGAUCUUGAUAUCAGGUCGGUGGGCUCCACUCUACCACUCUCUCCUCCCGCCAAGUUACCGACGCCCCCUGUCCCUCUCCAGGUGCUGGACGCGCCCCCAGCGCCUGUCCCCACCUUCCCCCCUGCCAUCCAGAGUGACGAGUCUACCCAAGCCAGAAGUGAACCGGCUGCCGUCCCUCCUAGCCCAGUCCUCCCGCUCAAUGGGCUCUACGAUGUUCCCAAGGCUGAGACCAUCCCACAGACCAGCCAGGGGUCUUGUGAAGCAAAGACCGUUGUGGUCACCUCCAGGGACCUUGUGGUCUCAACCAGCGUCUCCAUCUCCCAGGUGUUCAUCCCCUCGACCGUGGUCCAGCGAGUCACCUCUACCAGAGUCCAGCUCCAGACCUCCUACGUCACCGUCCAGGCCCCACCCCAGGUGGUGACGUCACGAUUGGUGGAGACCCAGUACUUCACUGUGACCAGAACCAAUCCGGUUCUCCAGACGGUCAUCAGCGUCACCACCCAGUACCAGCCCCAGUACGUCACAACCACCCAGAUCCAGUACGUCCCCAACACCGCCUGCGCCUCCGCCCCGUCCAAAGGCUACUCCUACCAGGCCCCUGAAGGCAGCUACUCGUACCCGGCUCCUGGAGGCGGCGGGGCGGACACCGGCAGUGUCCUGCCCACCGGGUCUCUCCAGAGCGGAAGCGUGGUGCCAGCGCCGGACGGCUACGUCAGUAGCUCCUUCAGCAACAACGGCUUCAACGGACCGUUCUACGGCCCGUUCUACGCCAGGCCAGUGCCACAUCCCCAACAAAGCUGGAAAAAGGGAUUUUUUGCCAAGUGGGGAUUUUAAGAUGAUAAUGUUGGCUGGUUCCACCAAGGAUGCCUUAGUAAAUGACUACUUCUAGACCUUCUUCACUUCAUUACGUACAUGGCUUGUUGCUCUAGUGUAGAUAAGGAUUUUCUACAGCCGGGAUAGUUCAAUGGAACACGACAAAUACAACGUUAAUGUUGAUUUUGUUUGAUACAACGUUGCAGUUCCGUUCAGUGUGUGUGUAUGUGUGUGUGUGCUCACCUAA